UGUGAUCCUUACUUCGAUAAUAUUGGAUGUUCCCACCCUGGUUGUGAACCGAUAUAUCCCACCCCACAGUGCAGUAGGAAGUGUGUUAAAGAGAAUCUACUCUGGAGUGAGUCCAAGCACUUCGGUGUCAAUGCAUACGAGAUCAGCUCCGAUCCAUACAGUAUCAUGACAGAAGUUUACAAGAAUGGACCAGUUGAGGUUACUUUCUAUGUUUAUGAGGAUUUUGCUCACUACAAGUCAGGAGUUUACAAGCACGUUACAGGGAACUAUAUCGGAGGCCAUGCUGCUAAGCUCAUCGGAUGGGGAACUAGUGAGGAAGGAGAGGACUAUUGGCUUCUUGUGAAUUCAUGGAACACAGACUGGGGUGAUGAUGGGUACUUCAAGAUGAGAAGAGGAACAAAUGAGUGUGACAUUGAGUCUCAAGUAGUUUCAGGAUUGCCUUCAGCAAGAAAUCUUAAUGUUGAACUUGAUGAUGAUGAUGCUUCCCUUAGUGCCUCAAUAUAAUAUUAGCUAAGUCUAUGGGAUUGGGGAACCAAAAUUUAUUGAAUUGCGUCUUCUUCUUGUGGAUUUAAUUAGUUCUACAUUUCAAAAUUUGCAUUAUAUGGAUUAUAUACCUACA